AUGGACACCCAGAAGAUACUAGACACCAUCAACACCCAUCGACGCCGGCACGGGGCUGCAGAUCUUCAGUGGGAUGCGACCUGCGCCACGGCUGCGCAGAACUGGGCGAACCGCGGCUACGUCAUACACGAACAAGACGGCGGACGCUUCGGGGAGAGCUUGGCAGUGACGGACACCAACUACGACGCAACUACCGAAUGCAUCAACGCCAUCAACUUGUGGCAGCAAGAAGGCACGCUGUACGACUACGAAAAUCCAGCAUUCUCCCCUGCGACGCGCCACUUCACGCAAAACGUUUGGAGAAGAACGACCCAUGUCGGCUUCGGCUUCGGGAGCGCUGUCGACCAGUACGGAAAGUACUGGGUAUCGUACGUCGUCGCCAAGUUCUUCACUCCAGGAAACGUGGUGGAUCAAUUCGAGGGAAACGUGCUUCCUCCCGUUUCUGUGAGCUCUGCGACACAUUAA